UCUGAAUGACAACAUGGAUCCGGAAAAAGUUAACGUUCCUGGAAUCGAGCGGCUUUUUGAGCUGGAUGGGUAUUUACGACCACAUGAGCAGGAAAUAAGAAGAAGGUAUGGCUGUAUGGAGUCUAUGUGGUCUGACAUAGAGAAGAAUGAAGGCUCUGUGGACAACUUCACCAAAGGAUAUGAAUUCUUUGGUUAUCACAGAACAGACGACGGUGGCGUGGUAUGGAGAGAAUGGGCUCCUGGGGCAGAUGGAGUGUUCUUGUUUGGAGAUUUCAAUAACUGGAAAAAGUUGGAGUGGAAAUUUCAAGACAUUGGAUUUGGAAAGUGGGAGGUGACGAUUCCUCCUCAGGGGGACGGCUCAUGUCCUAUUCCCCACGGCAGUAAGGUCAAGCUCCAAAUUUUAACAAAGGAAAACAAAUUAAUCGAUCGUAUAUCACCAUGGGCGAAGUAUGUUGUCCAACCAGAGAAGACCAAUGUCUAUGACCAAAUAUUCUGGGAUCCUCCAGAGAAGUACAUCUUCAAGCAUGCACAUCCAGCAAAACCAAAGCGACUUAGGAUCUAUGAAUCCCACGUGGGGAUCUCUUCAUGGGAAGGGAAGGUCGCCAGCUAUACACACUUCAAAGAUAAUGUUAUACCAAGGAUAAAGGACUUAGGGUACAAUGCAAUCCAACUGAUGGCUGUAAUGGAGCAUGCGUAUUAUGCCAGCUUUGGUUACCAGGUGACUAGCUUUUAUGCGGCCUCUAGUCGCUUUGGCACCCCCGAGGAACUGAAGGCGAUGAUAGAUGUUGCCCAUGCUAAUGGUAUAGUGGUACUCCUUGACGUCGUCCACAGCCAUGCUUCCAAGAACGUGGCCGAUGGCAUCAACCAGUUUGACGGCACAAACAGCUGCUUCUUCCAUGAUGGGCCUCGUGGAGAUCAUGAUCUCUGGGAUAGCAGACUAUUCAAUUAUACAUCGUGGGAGGUGUUGCGCUUCCUCUUGUCAAACCUGCGGUGGUGGAUCGAGGAGUACCACUUUGAUGGCUUUAGAUUUGAUGGUGUCACGUCCAUGAUUUAUCACAGUCAUGGCUUGGGGCAGGGAUUCAGUGGAGACUAUCAAGAAUACUUCUGGUUGAACACGGACACAGAGUCACUCGUCUACCUGAUGAUUGCAAAUAAAAUGUUGCACAAGUUCUAUCCAUUCAUUACAACGGUGGCCGAGGAAGUGUCUGGCAUGCCAGCACUUUGCCGCCCAGUGGAGGAAGGUGGUGGCGGGUUUGACUACCGCCUGGCAAUGGCCAUCCCAGACAAGUGGAUCAAACUUCUGAAGGAACAAUCAGACGAGAAUUGGAAUAUGGGUAAUAUCAUCCAUACACUGACCAACAGGCGUCACGGUGAACGCUGUAUUGCGUACUGUGAGAGUCACGACCAGGCCCUCGUCGGGGACAAGACGCUCGCAUUCUGGUUGAUGGACAAGGAGAUGUACACGAACAUGUCCACUCUGAUGCCAGUCAAUCACAUCAUUGAUCGAGGAAUUAGUCUUCAUAAGAUGAUCCGUUUGAUCACGCAUGGAUUAGGUGGUGAAGGCUACCUUAACUUCAUGGGCAAUGAGUUUGGUCAUCCAGAGUGGUUAGACUUCCCACGGAUCGGCAACCAAGAGAGCUACCAUUAUGCGCGCCGCCAGUAUAACCUAGCUGACGAUGACUUGCUCCGGUAUAAGCAUCUCAAUUCAUUUGAUCGUGCCAUGCAACACCUCGAGGAAAAGUACGGCUGGCUGGCUGCAGAACAGGCGUACGUCAGCUGCAAACACGAAGAUGACAAGAUCAUUGUGUUUGAGAGGCCACCUGGUCUUGUCUGGGUGUUUAACUUCCAUGUGUCAAAGAGUUUUGAAGGUUAUCGGAUUGGCACGAAUGUACCGGGAAAGUAUAAGAUAGUCUUGGAUACAGAUGCGCCAGAAUUUGGUGGACACAACCGACUCAAUCAUGAAACAGAAUUCUUCACGUUCAACGAAGGAUGGGGUGGAAGGUACCACUCGAUGCAUAUCUAUCUCCCAGCCAGAAUGGCUGCUGUGUAUGCUCAAGUCGAGUGAUCAGAAGCUAGCAUUUCCUACUUAAAGGAUCCGGUUUGGAGUUACCAAUCAGAGGAUCUAUUGCAAUGCAUUGACCAUGAUAUCCUAGCAUAAUUAUUCACAAAACGGACAAUCGGUGUAAACGACGUUGUCUCGUGUUAAAUGCUGGUUCUACUUUAUAGCACUGGGUGUAGAUUACUCUACCUCUGAUUCAUAGUCAUGGGUUAGUGAAGCUGUUUGUAAUAUGUGACCCGCUCUACCAAAACUAGGCGCUUGUCGCAUCUGAACUCGACAGGUUGAUACGGACUUGUUGUUCAUUUCCCUAUUGUUGACCUUUUGUGAAGUCUAUUACAAACUGAUUUGGUCACAUUUCACAAAAGGUCUAC